AUGAACGCCAUCUUCCUCCGAAUGCCCCCCACUCCCCUUCUUUCGGGUGUCCCUAUACUCGGUCUCCCCACAACCGAGCACCAAGCCGCCUUCGCAGCAGAAUGCUGUUCACUCAACGCUCAACAUACUAGCCUCCGGAGCUCGGGAUCGCCAUCUCUCCUUACCGCGGCCAAGACCGAGUUCACUGUCCCAUCGACAUUCGCCUCGCUGUCCGCCGAUGAAGGAAACCUUGACCAGAUCCCAGUGAUAAACUAUGAGCAUUUUACCGCUUCCCCAAGCAGACGACAGCCCUGCAGCAUCUUCCCAAGCUCAGGAGCAACCGGAUCUCACAGUCCCGGCACUAGCGACGCCUUCAGCGGCCUGGAUCCUUACAUGCCGCUGCACUUUCGGUUUCUGCACACCAGCGCCUAA